AUGGAAGCUGAAUGGGAGCAGGCUGCAAAAACGGUUGCUGGGAUUGGAAGUCCUGGUCACCAACAAAACCAAAUCGACCAUUGUUGCGGUAUUUUUGUCGAUGAAAACGAUAAUAUCCUAAUUGCGGCCCGCAAUAAUCAUAGAAUAAUGGAGUGGAAACCUGGUGCAAGAAGUGGUCAGGUUAUUGCCGGUGGAAAUGGUCCAGGAAAAGAUUCAUAUCAGCUAAAUCAACCAACCGAUGUUAUUACCGACGCAGAUGGAAAGCAUAUUCUUAUAUGUGAUUCGAAGAACAAUCGAAUAGUGAGAUGGCCCCGAAGAGAUGGACAAAAAGCAGAUAUGACAAUUAAGAAUAUAAGUGGCACCGCAUUGGUGAUGGACAAGAAUGGUUUUCUCUAUGUUUCGGACAUCGUUAAUGAUAGAGUAGUAAGAUAUCGACGAACAGAACAUGGCUUUGAAGCAAAUGGAACGGUGAUUGCAGGUGGAAACAAAGAAGGUAGCAAUUGCGAUCAGUUUAGUUCACCUGUCAAUGUCUUUAUUGGUCCAAGUCAGUCGCUGUACGUAUCUGACAAAGGAAACCAUCGUGUAAUGAAAUGGAUGGAUCGAACAAAAGGUGUCAUUGUGGCUGGUGGUCAUCAAGAGACAAAGAGUGAUACAGAAUUAAAUGCACCUUGUGGAUUGUUUGUGGACUCAUCGGAUAACGUUUAUGUCACAGAUUACCAACGCAGUUGCGUGAUGCGCUUCCGACCAAAAUUGAAGGGAACUAUAAUUGCUGGGGGAAAAGACUGUGGAAAUAAAGAGAAUCAGUUGAAUCACCCUUUGGGAUUAGCAAUAGAUCGAAAUGGAAAUCUCUACGUUUCUGACUAUGGCAAUCAUCGGGUACAACGCUUUUCUAUCAAAAAACCUCAGCCGUCACCAACUCCAUAUUCGAAUUCGAACAUGAAGCGAAGAAUUGCUGGCAGUGGAACAAGUGAAAAGCUAGAUAUGUGCAAUAUGAAUUUGACCUAUCAACAUAUGGAGAUUAUUGCUCGAGAUGAGCUCUUCAAAGAUAAGGUAAUAACAUAA